AGCCCCACUCCAGCCCAGACACCACCAUGACAGGCUCCUGCUGUGGAUCCUUCUCCUCCCAGAGCUGUGGAGGAGGCUGCUGCCAGCCCUCCUGCUGCCAGCCCUGCUGCUGCAGGGACCCCUGCUGCUGCCGCCCAGUGUCCUGCCAGACCACAGUGUGUCGCCCUGUGACCUGUGUGCCCCACUGCACCAGGCCCAUCUGUGAGCCCUGUCGCCGCCCCAUCUGCUGUGACCCCUGCAGCCUGCAGCAGGGCUGCUGUCGCCCCAUCACCUGCUGCCCCACCUCUUGCACAGCUGUGGUCUGCAGGCCUUGCUGCUGGGCCUCCACCUGCUGCCAGCCCAUCUCAGUGCAGGCUCCCUGCUGCAGGCCCCCCUGUUGCCAGCCUGCUCCCUGUCGCACCACCUGCAGGACCUCCCCCUGCAACACCUGCUGCUGAGCUUCUGGCAUCCCCACCAGGAAAUGCCCCUACACACUUGUUCACUUGGGCUUUUAAUCAAAUUAAAAGAAAAUAUUUUCCCCCCAAAGGUGGCAACAGCUUAACAUCCUCCAGCCUGAAUACCAUGUGAAAUAAGGAGAUGGCCAUCUCUGCCUUAUUCCAAAUUCCCAGACAUCUCUAUCAGCGGACAUCAUUUGCUGUGGAUGGUAAAUGACCUUCAGACAUCCCCAAAAUGGACUGGACAAGCCCAUUUUGAGCCCUUUUUAUUCAGGCAGAUCAAAUCUUCACCAGUGUCUCUGCCAUGUGUUGCUCACUGUUUCAAUAAAAUGAUUUUCCUGUCAUAGCAAAUGCCACACUC